CCUGCUUCUUUUGUUGUUUACUGCUGCUAAGUGCUACUGCUCCCCCCCCUCUCUCUCACACGCACACCCUCCAACAUUUUCCCAUAUAUACUAUACUUAUACUGUUUUUGCCUUUGUAUAAACAGCAUUUUCACUACUAUACUCUACACCACUGCUGGCUGCUGCAACAUAUAUAAUUAAACAAUAUUGAUCCGUAUUAUUAUUAUUAUUAUAGUGUUGUAUGUAGAGUGAGUUUUCAGCCAACCCCUUUUAUCAUAUUCUUCAUCCACAAACUACAAAAGAUACCUUGCUCUAUGCUCUCCUACACAUACCAACAAAAGUGCUUCUUUGCUCUCAUUUCCACCUUUUUCCCGCUCUCUCUCUCUCUCUCAAAGUAAAACUUCUUUCUUCAUCUCUCUCUCUUUAUUCUUAGAGCUUAGACUCUACAGCUUGUGAGAUCCUGAUGGUUUGUUCCCACUCAAGUAAGAACAGAUGAAUAAAGGAGUUGGCAGUAAUAUUAAUUCCAAGAAAGCACCUUUGCAUCCUCACAAUGGGAAGAAGAUGGAACUGAAGGGAGGCAAAUCAGAAACUGCCGAGAAAACAAUGGCCAAUAAGUGCCGCCCAGCAAGAGAAAGAAAAAUGGCCUUAUUGCAAGAUGUUGAUAAUCUCAAGAAGAAGCUGAGACAUGAAGAGAAUGUCCACAGAGCUUUGCAGAGAGCUUUCAACAGACCCUUGGGGGCUCUACCUCGUCUUCCUCCUUAUCUCCCUCAAAAUACACUUGAGCUUCUAGCCGAAGUGGCUGUCUUGGAAGAAGAGGUAGUCCGGCUUGAAGAACAGGUUGUCAAUUUCAGACAAGGUUUAUACCAAGAAGCCGUUUACAUAUCCUCGCGAAAUAGUCCACCACCGGAUUUGACGCCCUCAAGAAACAAGUUGUCUACUGGAAGUUCCAUACGGAAGCACUCAAGAUCUUCAUCUCAAAGUGAAGCUAAUUUGGGAUCGUUUGGAACACGCCCUUUGCUUUCUAGAAUUGCUUCCACUAGAAAGUUCUUGUCCACGGAUAGUCUGUCUGAUGGUUUAAGGAAUUUACCUGAGAGCCCAUGCAAUGGUAAACAACCUCAAAGUCAAAGUAAACAAGGUUUGGCACUAGAGAAUGGAUUAGGGGGAGACAAUCAAUCGAGUUCUAGUUCAGACAAGGAUAAACUAUCUCCACUAAAGAAAUCCUUGUUACUAGGUACCCCCAUGAAGAAGCAUCAAUUGAAGCCUGAAUCAAUGGUCAAGAGUGCGAAUUCCCCAAAGAUCCAGUGUAGGACUGUAGAGCAAGCACAGGAGAGCUCUUCUGGCUCUUCUGAUGAUAGAGUUGCGGACGUUGGAAGUGAGGCGAACAGAAUGUCUGAGGAUAUCUUGAAGUGCCUGAUCAACAUCUUUGUAAGAUUAAGCUCAUCAAAAGGGAAGACGACGGACUUCGAGUCUUUUUCUUCUUUAUCAGCGAAAGCAUUAAGUGAAAAUAAUGUCGAAUCCAACUUUCGAGGCCCUUAUUGCAAUUUUUCCGAGUUGAAGAAGAGAGACGUUGGCACUUACAAACAUCUUUAUGCAAUUGAAGCUCGCUCAAUUGAUCUCAACCGGAAAACAAAUGCGUCAUUUCUGAUCCGAAGGCUUAAGAUUCUUCUAGACAAGCUAGCAACUGUGGAGUUAGAUGGUCUCAACCAUCAGCAGAAGCUUGCAUUCUGGAUAAACAUCUAUAAUUCCUGCAUUAUGAAUGCAUUUUUGGAGCAUGGAGUACCUGACAGUCCCAACAUGAUUGUGCUACAAAUGCAAAAGGCAACAAUAAAGGUUGGGGGACAUGUGCUGAACGCACUAAUGAUCGAGCAACUGAUCUUGAGACUUCCAUAUCACUUAAAAUAUACUUGCGCCAAAUCAGCCAAGAACGAUGACAGGAAGAUUUGCAGAACGGUUGGUUUGGAGUGGUCAGAACCACUGGUCACAUUUGCACUGUCCUGCGGAAGCUAGUCGUCGCCUGCUGUGCGAGUAUACACUGCAUCACAAGUUGAGACGGAGCUGGAAACAGCCAAAAGGGACUAUUUACAAGCAGCAGUAGGCAUCUCAUCAACAAACAAGAUAGUAAUCCCGAAACUACUAGAUUGGUAUCUCCUCGACUUUGCAAAGGACUUGGAUGCAUUGCUCGACUGGAUUUGCCUGCAGCUACCAGACGAACUCAGGAACGAAGCACUCAAAUGCCUCGAGAGAAAAGGAAGGGAGCCCCUCUCAAAAUUAGUACAAAUCAUGCCAUACAAUUUUAGUUUUAGAUAUCUUAUACACCGAUAAAUGUUGCAUGACCUCUUCUCUCUCUCAAGCUCUCAGAGAAUGCAAGAUUGUACACUAACACAGCAGAUAUAAUACAACUAGAUAUAGCAUUUUAGCAAUAAUCUUGAGCUUUGUUUGGGACAAUAAUGGGGAUUAAGAGUCAUCUCCAGUAGGUUACACGUUAACGGUGAGUACAUUGUUGUUAUCAUUCGUGUAUGGUGUAUUUUUUCGUUCAAUUGAAUUAUUUUCUUGUGUUGUGUAAGAUAUAACAGUAUUGCUUUUGAGUAUUUUUAAUGAA